AUGUCUCAAAAUUUGCCGCUUGCGAAAGACCACUCGGUGUUAGAGUCACGACGGAAAAUUGGCAUCAUCGGGGGUGGAAUUGCCGGUAUAACUCUGGCGCAUGCAUUGAGAAAGAAUCAAGACCCCGCAAUCACAAUGCACGUGACAGUAUUUGAGCGAGAGUCAUAUGUUGGCGGUCGAAUCAAAGAGGCCCGCAUGUACGCCGAGGCCGGCGAGAAAUCCCACGAUACAGUCCAUACCGGCGCCCAGUCAUUUGAUGCAGGGGACGCAUUGCUUGCUGACUUGGAACAAGAUGUGGGUCUCACAUUUGAGACUCGACAUCCUCACGUUCUUGGAUCUCCUUUAUCUCAGGUAAACGUAUGGAAUGGAGAAAAAUUGAUCCCUCAGCAACUGGAAAGACUUCCUUUCACGUGGAAUGUUUUGAAAAGGGUUGUGUUGCAGACAUUGCGGUCCAGUCGCUUCUGGGACCAGUUGGCGGUAGAUACGCGAAAGAUCUGGGAACAAGGUGCGAACUGGGCCACUGUUGGUCGAGAUGGUCCUGAUGAAGAUGAGAUGUUUCGAUUCGCUCAGAAAUGGGGUAUCAGCUGUGAACCUCAAAAGUCACUUGUCCCUCGACGAUGCCGCGCUUCAUUUUUGGAGGAGCUGGCUGGGAAAAGCGGUGCAACCGUUUUACUCAACUCCACCGUGACGCACAUCAAAAGGUUGAGAGACAAUACGUUUGACGUUUCUUGGGUUCAAAAUGCCAUGGGCGAAGAAACCUCUCAUGUUGAGAAUUUCGACACGGUAGUAUUUGCCCAUGCAUUCGGCCAGACGGACAUCGAUGUUGAUCUACCGCUACCAGCCGCCCCCAAGGAGAUCACCUAUACUCCCCUCCAUGUCACUCAUUUUAUUUCCCGUCUGCCAUUGGACCCUGUCACAUUUAACCUGACAGGGAAUGCAGAGGUACCUGACCUUAUCUGGAAUCUGGGAAAUUGCUGCAAUCCGUCUGGAUCAAAGAAGAACCCACCAUCAUUCCUGGUACUCGAGAAAUCAGAAAAAUUCUAUUUGAAUGGGUGUUCCGGAGAAUCAGAGAAUGUUUACCGAGUUGUCUCAGAAAAUCCAUUCACCGACCAAAAUAUUGCCUCCUUGAUGGAACAUAACGGAACCGCCAGGAAGAAUGUCACGUUUCCAGAGCAAGCAAGCUUUCCAAUUAUUCCGUCCUGGCCCCUAGAGCGAAGCGUAGUAAUCAACUACACUACCGGGAUGGUCAGAAUCCAGGAUUAUGAGGAAGAGGAAAGCCCAGAGGUUAGAUUAUCUUGGGAUCCAAGCCAAGCUUCGGCUCUUUGGCCGUCUGAUGCGGCUAUGUUACUGGCGAGUCAAAACCCUGAGAUUGCCGGCAUCGAUCCAACCGUUCGGUGGGUCCAUCGCGAAUAUUGGCGCAAUGGGGUUCCGAUUACUAGUAAUGAGGAUUGCGUUGGUAUUGAUGAUCACAAUACUGAACUUGUGCCGGGCUUGUUCUAUAUUUCUGGUUUCGAGCGAGAAAGCGGAGCUUCAGUCUCAAAAAGCGUUGCAAGUGCGGUUGGGUUAUCGGAGAAACUGUUAUCACGCUGGACAAGCAAUUCAUAG